GGCAACCCCAGGGAGGGGGCAGAGCAACAGAGGGAGGUGUGUGAUCUAAGCAAAAGAAAAAGAAAGCAAAUUAAAGGGGCGUGUGCGUUUGGAGAGAAAAGGGGGACUGGAGUGUGAGGAGGGAGUUCUCAAAGUUUUCAAAGAGGGCGGCAUACAUUUUACUUUGAAUGUGUUUGCAGAGGCUCAUGACACACACACUUGCAUGCGAAAAUCAUUAAGAUUACCGCAGGCACACACAUGUGCAAUGAGCAGAAGCGUGCUUGACAUAUUUAACAUGCUGCUCUUGGUCUGAUGGUGGACUUUGGACCUGAACAGCAGGAGAAGAGAAGAGAAGAGAAGAGAAGAGAAGAGAAGAGAAUAACAACUCUUUCACAAGUAAGAGAGAAAAAGGGAGAACCUUCUGACAAGUAGGAGACAAAUGAAGGCGACUCUCUGACAAGUAGAAGAGAAAAGGGACCACUCCAUGACAAGUAGGAAAGAAAGAAGGACCACUUUUUCACCAAUAGGAGAGAAAGAAAGACAAAGCUUUGACAAAUAGGAGAGAAAGAAAGACAGUGUUUUGACAAGUAGCAGAGACAGAAAGACAACUCAGCGACAAGUAGGAGAGACAGUAUGGGCUAGAAGCAGCCAAGGGCAACACAAAACAUCUUGUUGGGAAGAUGGACUGACACAAGACAGAGAGGACAAAAUAGUGCAUAGACAUGGGCACCCGAGGACUGCUGCUACGUUUGGGUGUUCUGCUCACCGUUGUGUGUUUGUGCGUUCAUGUUUACUUGGAGACGGGUUGGAGGGGAACACCUGCACCCCCGGGACGUCCCACUCAUUCUACUGAGAACCGAGGCCAGCAAAGUCGAACCAAACCAGCAGUAGAGGAGCAGGACAGAAGCAUUAAAAGGAGAAUCUCCUAUGUUCGAACACUAAAGAAGGACAGCCAAGCAAAAAAGAGGGAUGAAGACAGAGGGGAGGACCCCUCAGCGCCGUGCUGCCCACCUCUCCACCCGCACAAAAAGACGCCACGGUGGCAUAUAGACUUGGAGCCCUGGGCCGCUGUGAGUCACUCUCUGGAGGAUGAAGCUAAAAGGUUCCUCGACUACAUCACAACACCACAAGUGUCGUGUGCUUCGUUGGUCGGUGAGGAAGCUGUUCAGGAGGGGAUCAAAAGUGUCUGGUCUGCAUGCCUGGACCCCAAGUACAGCCUGAUCCACAGAAUACAGAGCAAACACUGCAGGGUUUACUCUUUUGGGUUGGGUGCUGAUGAUCGGUCCCUUGAGCGUUCUCUGGCGAAUGCGGGAUGUGAGGUCCACUGCUUUGAUCCAAGUCUGAAGCAGCCUCACCUACAGCAGGCUGAAAUGUGGCUCCAUCGGCUCUCUGUAGACUGGAGGGAUCCUAACCCAGCCAUCGUUGCCCAGCGUCAGUAUGCCAACACCAAGAAACUGGCCACCAUCCUUAAUGACUUUGGACACAGACAGGUGGAUGUUUUGAAGGCGGAUAUGGAGAGCGCAGAGUGGAAGAUUUUGGAGAAUUUGGUCCUGGAAGGAGUUCUCGACUCAGUGGGUCAGCUGUUGCUGGAGCUUCACCUGCACUGGGCGGGAUUUGAGGUGGGCGGUGACGACCCGUCCGUGGUGCGCUACUGGUUCAGCCUACUCAAGGAGCUUGAGCACGCAAACUUCCGCCUCUUCCACGUCCACAGCGACCCGGCCAAACCCCACAUCUUUCUGCAUAAGAAUAUCCUCAACGCCAGCAGUGCGUACACUCUGAGCUGGGUGAACACAGAGUGGAAGCAUUGAGAAAAGCCAAACUGAGCGACUGAACCGAAAAAAGAGGUGUUAUCUCAGCCAGAACAGCUUCUGAAUGGAAAUGUACAAGUUUGUGUAAUACGGAGAUUUAAGUCAGAGCACAUAUUCUUGCUAGAGAACAGCUGCACCACCAGAGACGGCUCUUAUCUAGCCUGACCUUUUUGCAAAGCAGAAAUCCCUGCUCCUACUUAUCCUCCUGCCCUGCCUCUCCUGGCCUGUAAUGACCUCAGCCGUGUAGAGGGGCAGAGUAAUUCGCCUCCAGAGGCAGUCUGUGUUCUACCUCAUAGUGGUGGUGUUGUUGGCUGCAGGUCAGCCUCUGAGUCACAGACACCCCUGUCAUCGUGGUCCUAUCAGAGCUUGGCUCACAGCUGGCCAGCUAUUAGACAACCUUUACAGAUUACAAUAGUCUGUAGAGGCCCACAGCACAAAUUUCUUAAAGGUCCAGUGUGCAGGAUUUACGGGGAUAUACUGGCAGAAAGUGAACAGAUAUAAUGUUUUCUUCAGUGUAUAAUUAAGUGUAGUAUUUUUAUUUCCUUAGAGCAGCAUUUCUCAAACAUCUCGUAUACUACUAGUCCUGCAUGUUGUGGAUCUCUUCCUGUCGCAGCACAACUGAAAUAUAUGAUCAGCCUGUCAUCAAGCUGCUUCACAAUGAGUUGAUCAUAUGAAUCAGCUGUGUCGCAGCAGGGAGAUUUAAAGACAAGUGGUAUUCAAGGAGAGGUUUGGGAAACGCUGGCUCAAAUGAGCUGUCAAUAUCUACAUAGGGAAUGGCUCAUCGUGCACAGACAAGUACUUCAGUGGUCAUUGUUAAAGAGGUUUUUAAUGGGGCCGAAUUAUCUGCAGAGGUGUCUUUCUCUCCAAGACAAAUAAGCUAGUGAUUUAAACCAGUAAAAACACUGAACAAAGCAGCUUUACAUUAAAAUCAGUGUUUUUCUAACACUCUCAUCACAAAGGAGCUGCUAACUAUAGUGGCCAACAUGAAAACUCUGCCAGUGUGUAAUUUGUCCGUUCUGGGCUACCGUAAGAACAUGGCAAUGCAACAUGGUGGACUUCAGAAACAAAACUCCCUAUGUAAAUGAAAUUUGCUCAUUUCAAGGUAACAAAAUAAGGAUAAUUCUUAUUUUCAGAUGAUUAUACAAUAAAGAAAACAUGCUUGUAUUAUCUUCCAUUUCUGCCAAUAUAUGGCUUUAUAUCCUACACACUGGUUAUGUGUGUACUCAUUAGAAGGUGCUGGGCUGGCGACCCGUCUUUGAUGUGCUGAACUGUGUCAGAGAAACACAGUUUCGUAACAUAAAACCACUUCAUGCAGUGUUUACUGGUUUCAAUCACUUGGUCCAUUUGUUUUGGAGAAGAGGAGACAUCUGUGGAUAUUUCGGCUCCAGACUGAAAUUUCCCUGAAUAAUGAACACUAAAGGAAUUCUAACCGGGAAGAGUUUCAGAUGUUUGCAAUCUGCAGUCCUCACUGCUAAAUGCCACUAAAUCCCCCCUAAAUCUUACACACUGCUCCUCUAAAUAGAAUAUGAAUUGAAGGAAAUGGAUACAUGACAUUAAAGGGGGAGGACAGAUGAAAGAUCCUGCCUCAUUGACAGUAAGUGAUUAUUCGUGCGAGGCAGUUGGAGCUGCCUCAACUGAAAGAAUGACCGGUGGAAUAGGGGUGAUAAAGGAAGAGAGAUGGGAUCUGCUCCGGGGGCAGAAGAUGUCUGGACGAACGAACGCCUCCCUGCAGUUGAACCCUUAUACGAUUUUAUCUAGAACAUAAAACACAACAAUAAUGUGAAGAACCCCACAGUGGUGUCUCCAGAUUUUUUCAGCGUGCUUGUUGGAUAUUUGAAUGAGGACGUGUGGGCGAGUGCGUGGGAAAAAGACAAAAAGAAAAGAUGAACUCCAAUUAUCUUUUUUUCCAUAUUGCAGUUUCCUGGGUUAUAAUAGAAAACAACAAUUGAGAUCCACACAAAGAGGCAUUUUGUGUAACUGUCAGUUCUUUUCCUCCAUCUGUUUUCUUCUGGUGUUCAAUUGGCCUCGUUCCAGUAUCUCUGCUGCACCAGAACUUCACCAACAAACUUCAUCUCAAAGCAUAAUACUGGGCUGACAACCUCACAAAAUAAUAAUCCACAUUUAAAAAUGAUCCAAUUAAUGUAAUUUGUCAAAUGUUUUGAUGCAGUUCAAUAAAGAAAGGGAAAAAAAAGUAGAUUUCUUGUUGUGGUUUUGUCAUAUUAUAGAUGAAACUAGAACUGCCACCUCACAGUUCUAUGCCUCCAUAAACCAGUCAAGUUGCACCUACAGCUGACAUCAAUAUCUGUGAAAAUGUGGAUGCUUAACACACAUCUUCUCCCGCCAGCACAGACGAUCAAUACAACCAGCACAGAUUCAGGGAGGCCAGCUGAGAUUAGU